AUGGACUCGAAUAGAUUUGAAAUAUUUGUAAAUCAUCUAGAUUUAUACCAACAAUCAGAAAUUAAUAAGUUGUUAGAAAAAUAUAAAUCAGUCUUCGCUAAGGAUAAAUAUGACAUCGGCACUGUACGAGAUUAUGAAGCUCAUAUUGACUUAAUGGUAGAUAAAUAUUGUUACAAACGUCCUUACAGAUGCACACCUGAAGAUAGAAGAGAAAUAGAAAAUCAAAUAUUAAAACUUUUAAAGAAUAAUUUGAUUGAGGAUUCUUACAGUCCGUUUGCUGCCCCAGUAACUCUGGCAUAUAAGAAAGAAGAUGAAAGAAAAACAAGACUGUGUAUAGAUUUCAGAGAACUGAAUAAAAUUGUCGUUCCUCAAUCACAACCUUUUCCUUUGAUUGAGGAUUUAAUGAUAAAAACAGUAAAUUGUAAAUAUUUUACUAGUUUGGAUAUUAAUUCAGCAUUUUGGUCAAUUCCUUUAAAGAUUACCGAUCGAUACAAAACUGCAUUUGUUACACAAGAAGGUCAUUUUCAAUGGACAUGUCUACCAUUUGGGUUAAAGACUGCUCCAGCCAUAUUCCAAAGAAUAUUGGGAAACAUCAUUAGAAAAUACGAACUGUCUAAUUUUGCAGUCAAUUUUAUUGAUGACAUUUUAAUUUUUUCUAAGACUUUUCAAGAACAUUUAGUACAUCUGUCAAGAUUAAUGGAGGCAAUACUAACAGAAGGCUUUAGGCUUAAAUUUUCAAAAUGUUCUUUUGCAAAUAAUCACGCCAAAUAUUUAGGUCAUAUAAUAGAAAACAAUUCAAUCAGACCUUUGAAAGAUUAUUUAACUGCUGUCAGAAACUUUCCCGUUCCUAAGACAAAGAAAAAUAUACGACAAUUUCUAGGAAAAGUAAAUUUUCAUCAUAAAUUCAUACCACACAGUGCAAUUAUUCUGGACCCGUUACACAAUCUAUUAAGAAAAGAUGUGAAAUUUAUAUGGUCCACAGAAUGUCAGGAAUCAUUUGAAAAAAUAAAAACAUUGUUAUGUUCAGAACCAAUAUUGAAUAUCUAUGAUCCCGAUCUCCCAAUAAAAAUUUACACAGAUGCUAGUAUAAAAGGAGUGGGAGCGGUUUUAAAACAAGAAGAUAAAAACGGGGACAAUAGACCGGUUGCUUACUUUUCAAAAAAAUUAAACGAAGUUCAAAAAAAGAAGAAGGCGAUUUAUUUAGAAUGUUUAGCAAUAAAAGAAGCUGUGAAAUAUUGGCAACACUGGCUUAUGGGAAAAGAGUUUAUGGUAUACUCCGAUCAUAAACCCUUAGAAAAUAUGAACAUCAAGUCUAGAACCGAUGAAGAAUUAGGCGAUUUGACAUAUUAUUUAUCCCAAUAUAAUUUUAAAAUUAAAUAUAACCCAGGAAAAUUAAAUCGAGAAGCAGAUUGUUUAAGCAGAAACCCAGUUCUAGAACCUUAUGAUAAUAAUGAUGAUUUUUUAAAAGUAGUCAAUAUCAUAAACCUAGAAGAUAUAAAGAAUGACCAAAACAUAAAUCUAGAUAUAGAAAAAGAAAAACUUAUAUUUGAAAAUGAAAUUUACCAUAAAAAGAAUUCAAAAAGUAAAAAAAUUAUACUAUCUGAAGAACUUAGCAAGACUCUUAUAAAAGAUGUCCACGACACUUACUGCCACAUUGGUAGAACUCAGAUGAUAAGUAAAAUAACACCAUUCUACACAGCAAAGAAUAUCAUAGCAAACAUUAAAAAAUUUUGUGAUGAAUGUGAAAUUUGUAUAAAAAACAAAUCAAGGCGGAAGUCGAAAUAUGGCUUAAUGUCACAUCUGGGUCCACCAACACGCCCGUUUGAAAUUAUUUCUAUUGAUACCAUUGGAGGCUUUGGAGGAUCACGGUCGACAAAAAAAUACUUACACCUUUUGGUCGAUCAUUUUACAAGAUAUGCAUAUAUUUUAACAUCAAGAAAUCAAAGCUCCAGUGAUUUUAUUAAACUAAUUAAAAAUGUGAGAGCUAUAAUAUUGAUAUGGUACUAA